GGGACCCACCUACCCCACCUUCGCCGCAAACACCGCAAGUGCCAAGUCGUGGCCGGCCGCGCGUCGUCCCAUAUGCGCUCCCGCCUCCCGGCUGGACUCGCUCGCUCGCCCCAACUGCCUGCCCAUACCAUACCAUCGAGGUCAUCCAACCCAAUCACAGCUCGCCAUAGCUAGCGCGAAACCAACUGCUCGCUCGGUCUGAGAGCGAGCGAAACCGGCGCGGCGCCCGGCCGAGAGAUCGCGCGGGCGAACGGCCAUGGACGCGACGCAGGGCGGCGGCGGCGUGGGAGUAGUGGGAGUGGCCAAUAAGCAGCAGCAGACUAACUCCUCGACGACGACGACGGCGAGGUGGUGGUGGUGGCCGCCGCGAAGCAGGAGCCUCGCGACGAGGAGGGCGCUGCCGGCCGUCUGCGUCGUCGCGGCGGCCGUGGCCGCCGCCGCCGUCGUGCUCACUGCCAACGACGGCGCCUGGUGGGGCCGCUCGCCCGACGGGAUGCCGGCCGCCUUGUUCUUCGACGACGGCGCCCCGGGAGACUGGGAUCCUCGGUCCAACAUCACCGCCGACCAUCUCCUCGACGGCCUUCUUACCGCAGACUUCACCUACGGGUCGUGCCGGAGCCGGUACGAGUUCGCCGGCUACAACAAGGAGUCCUCGCACAAGCCGUCCCCGUACCUCAUCGCCAAGCUCCGGAUGCAGGAGGCUCUCCAGAAGCGAUGUGGCCCUGGCACGGCCGCGUAUAAGGAGGCGGUCCGGCGGCUCGACUCCGGCGAGGGCGUCGUCGACGAUGGCUGCCGCUACCUCGUGUACAUCAGUUACCGCGGCCUCGGCAACCGCAUGCUCGCCAUCACGUCGUCCUUCCUAUACGCGGUGCUCACGGAGCGCGUCCUCCUCGUCGACGGCGGCAGCGACGCCGCCGACCUCUUCUGCGAGCCCUUCCCGGGGACGACGUGGCUGCUCCCGCGCCCCGGCUGGUUCUCCUUCUCCCCGCUCAGGCGCCUCCAGGGCUACCUGGGCGGCUCCAAGCAGAGCCUCGGGGACAUGCUGCGGAGCGGCGCCGUCGCCGUGUCCGCCGACGGGAACGUGUCGUGGUCGGCGCCGCCGCGGCCGCCGCCGUAUCUGUACCUCCACCUCUCCGGCGGCAGCGGCUACGGCUUCCACGAGAAGCUCUUCUUCUGCGGCGCGCACCAGAGGCUCCUCGGCGAGGUGCCGUGGCUCUUCAUGUGGACGGACAACUACAUCGUGCCGGGGCUCUUCCUGACGCCGCCGUUCACCGGCGAGCUCGAGGCCAUGUUCCCGGAGAAGGACGCCGUGUUCCACCACCUGGGCCGGUACCUCUUCCACCCGACGAACCCCGUCUGGCACGCCGUCACGAGCUACUACCGCUCGACCCUCGCCGGCUCCGCCCAGCGCGUCGGCGUGCAGAUCAGGGUGUUCCACAAGGAGCAGCCGCCGCAGGCCGUCCUGGAGCAGGUCCUCUCGUGCGUCCGCGGCGAGAGGCUCCUCCCGGAGACGACGACGGCAGGGGGCAACGCCAGCGGCACGCCCUCGCACGCCGUCCUGGUGACGUCGCUGAGCUCGUGGUACUACGAGCGCAUCAGGGACGAGUACGGCGGCAGGGUCGCCGGCGGCGUGCACCAGCCGAGCCACGAGGGGCGGCAGCGGUGGCGCGACGCGGCGCACGACAUGAGGGCGCUGAGCGAGAUGUACCUGCUCAGCAUGUGCGACGUGCUGGUCACCAGCGGAUACUCCACGUUCGGGUACGUCGCGCAGGGGCUCGCUUGGCGGCGGCCCUGUGUGAUGCCCAGGGCGCCCAUGUGGUCCGACGACUGGAGGGAGGGGCUGGAUCCACGGGACAUGCCUUGCCGGCGGGCGGCCUCCGUCGAGCCGUGCUUCCACUCGCCGUCGGCCUACGACUGCGCGGCGGGGAGGGACGUGGACCUGGACAAGGUGACGCCGUACAUCAGGCGCUGCGUGGACGUCAAAUGCGGCAUCAAGCUUGUCAAUGCGAGCAGCAGCCAGUGGUAAUAUUUAUCUGACAGGCAUGCUAUUUGGCUCAAGAGGACAUGAGAAAAUAAGGCACCGAAGGUAGAAGAAACACUCAUUCAGUAGAUAGGUGGAUACUGUAGAUGCAUACGUUAUACAGAAAGGUAGAAGUGAACUGUUGUGGUAAUCUUGGUGUUUUGACUAAUAGUGGAACAAGUGGCAAUCUUGUAAACUUAUGGGCAGACUUCCAAUACUACUCACAGAAGCAGCAGAGCACAGACAACACCAGACUC